AGGUUAACGCGAACACCAAACGAUCACAGAAGAGGCAGCGUUUUGUUUGCAGGAUUGGAGCGGAGUAUAUUAAACACGUUAUUAUGCCUGUAUGACUCAGGGUAGUUUUAUUAAACUUAAUAUAAGCGUACAGGCUCAGGUGCUGACACCUAAUGGGUCCUUUUAGAAGAUAACUUUUCCUGCUAAUUGCAGGUUUUAAUUUCCCAAUGAAAACCCGAGCGGCACAUCCUUACCGUUACUCGGGUGUGAAAAACGGGAUGCUAUAGCAGCUGCACAGCUAGAAGACCCUUCUGUCUGGGGUGAUAUAGGACAACCAACUAUGGCAUGAUACUCGAAUCUCAAGACAAGAGUUGGAAAGCUCCGGCAAAUAAGAUUUACUGCGAUAUAUCAGCAAGUCUUCCAGCUGGUGCAUAAUCCACAGCCAACGUAAAUACCCGAGCGCCAUUUCCGGGCUCGUGAUAGCGGCUAUAGUGGAGCGAGAGGUCGGAGCGAGAGGAGCGGGAAGUGGAGCGGUGGUGUCGGUUAACAUUCCCGGUGUGGUCGACGACGGCAUGGCAGCGGGAAAGGGAGCUGGGAAGCCCGCCUGGCUGUGGGACAAUAUGAGGUUACGGUUCAUCGUUUGCUUCUUCGGAGUCUUCGUGUGCUACUUUUAUUACGGAAUAUUGCAAGAGACGAUCACUCGAGGUGAUUAUGGUCACGAGAAGUUUAGAUUCGCCCGGACGCUGGUCUUCAUCCAGUGCAUCAUCAGUUGUGUCUUUGCAAAGAUUUUGAUCCAGUUUUUUGAGAGCUCCAAGCCAGAUCACACGAAGAGCUGGCUCUAUGGCCUGUGCUCGCUCUCUUAUCUUGGAGCGAUGGUGUCCAGUAACUCUGCCCUUCAAUAUGUCAACUACCCCACCCAGGUUUUGGGGAAAUCCUGCAAACCCAUACCAGUGAUGAUCCUCGGUGUGACAAUACUGAGGAAGAAGUAUCCACUGGCUAAAUACCUGUGUGUGUUGCUGAUUGUGAGCGGCGUUGCUCUUUUUCUCUAUAAACCCAACAAGAGCUCUGCUGUUGCUGAUGACCAUAUUUUUGGCUUUGGAGAGAUUCUGCUGCUGGUCUCUCUGACAUUGGACGGUUUGACUGGUGUGGCCCAGGACCACAUGAGGGCUCGUUUCCAGACGGGUGCGAACCACAUGAUGCUGAACAUCAACAUGUGGUCCAGUCUGGUGCUGGGACUAGCGGUGUUGUGGACAGGGGAAGUGUGGGAAUUCCUGAGUUUUGCAGAGCGCCACCCGGGCAUCUUUUACAAUAUAUUUCUGUUUGGCGUCACCAGUGCUUUAGGCCAGACCUUCAUCUUCAUGACAGUUGUGUACUUUGGGCCUCUGACCUGCUCCAUUGUCACAACUACGAGGAAGUUCUUCACCAUCCUUGGCUCUGUUAUUUUGUUUGGCAAUGUAAUGACUACAAUGCAGUGGGUUGGCACCAUUCUCGUAUUCCUCGGUCUUGGAAUGGAUGCUAAAUUUGGCAAAGCCCCCAAGAAGACUACACACUGAAACAUCUGGCACACAUGAGGAAAAAAAAAGAAGCGAAACACUAGAUUGGAAACACUAUAGCCAGUAUAUUAUUUUCAUAAGACAUCAUGUACAGGCACACUAUAUGUGCCUAUGACUUGUUGAACUAUGGUCAGAUAUUUUACUGCAUUUAAAAGAGAGUCGUUGUAGUUUUCAACUCCAGCUUCUGUUGUGUACAGUUGAUAUACUGAAGAGAUGCAUUAUAUGGGAUCAAGUCCAGAAUGAGCUGUGACACAGUUUGCAAUCCUUUUUGUGGAAGAAUUUGAACUGGCUGAAGUGCACAGGUGUAAACCUUAUUUUAUUCAGACAAAUCUUUAUUGUUUCUGAAACCAGCUCACCUGCCUUGGAUUGAUGUUGAACCAAACAAGGCCUUAGAAAUACAUUUCCAGCAGUUAACCCAUGAAAUUACACCAAAUGGUUUACAAAUGGAUGCUUGAAUGUGUGUAAUUGUAACAUUUAGUUUGUCUGAGAAAACAAUUAGUAUGUUUAAUGUCCUUUAUGAAAAUUUAGACGGUUGUAUGUCGCCUGUUGUCUUAUGUCCAGUCUUACUAUUAAAUUGUAUUUACGUUUAUUUUCUAAAGUUGAAAAUUACUUGCCAUAAAAGGGAAAUUAUUAUA